AUGUCUGUGGGUGCCUUGUUGUAUAUGAAAGCUGAAGACUGGCAGGCAUUCCACGGCAUCGUACGCAAUCUAAAAAGUUCAGAUGAGUCGGAUACUACCAAUGGCAAGUUAAACAGGAUGUUUUUUACGAAAGUAUCGAGACCUCACAUGGCAAAAUUUACUCCAGACUGCCGGACUAGUGCGUGGCCGCCCGAAGUUGCCGAAAUGCGUACUCCGUACUCCGUACCAGUGUAA